AUGUCCAAUACAGCGAUAAUCCGUGAGCACCAUCCCAUGCCUAUUGCUGACGAACUUAUCCACAAGCUAAAUGGCGCAAAAGUCUUCUCAAAACUCGAUCUUCGCCACGGUUACCACCAAAUUCUCUUAGCUCCUGAGUCUCGUUACAUUACGACCUUUCGUACCCAUAAAGGACUGCACCGCUAUGUCCGACUUAACUAUGGCACAUCAGCAGCCUCAGAAGUUUUCCAGUAUGCUAUAAGCCAAGCCAUUGCUGGCAUUGACGGAGUUGUCAACAUCAGUGACGAUAUACUCAUAUUCGGUAAAUCACAGCUUGAUCAUGACACAGCCCUUAAAACUGUAUUUGAACGACUGCGACAAGUCGGCCUCACCCUCAACAAAUCGAAAUGUGCUUAUAACAAGGGUACAUUGGAGUUCUUUGGCAUGAUUUUCUCUGCAGAUGGCGUCAGCCCGGACCCAAAGAAAAUAGAAGCUAUCGUCAAUGCUCCCCGUCCAACCAAUGUGAGUGGAGUCCGCAGCCUGCUGGGUAUGACGAAUUACUGUUCAAAGUUUAUUGCAAACUAUGCAAGCAUUACAACGCCCCUUCGACAACUCACAAAGAAAAAUGCGAAGUUCCAGUGGCUACCAGUCCAUGAAAAUGCCUGGAAAACACCAACAAAAGCUCUGACUUCAGCUCCAGUUAUGCCAUACUUUGAUACUACCAAAUGCACAGAACUCAUAGUCGAUGCCAGUCCAACUGGUUUGGGUGCUAUAUUACAGCAGCAUACCCCAGGAAACGAAGACCACAAAGUGCUUGCCUAUGCAAGUCGAGCACUCAGUCCCGUCGAACAAAGAUACAGUCAAACCGAACGUGAAGCCCUCGCCAUUGUUUGGGCAAUGGAAAGAUUUCAUAUUUAUACAUAUGGAACAGAAUUUGUCCUGUAUACAGAUCACAAACCAUUAGAGUUGAUCUGCAAUAACCCUAAGUCCAAACCUCCUGCACGGAUCGAGCGAUGGUUCCUACGUCUUCACAAAUACCGUUUUCGAGUCCAAUAUAGCCCCGGGAAGGACAAUCCCUCAGAUUAUAUGUCUCGACACCCCCUGAACACAAGUGCAACACAUCGUCAAGGCGAGUUAGCAGAAGAGUACAUCUCCUUCAUUGCACAGCACACUACUCCCAAGUCCAUCAGCCUGGAAGAAAUUAAACAGCAAACGAACGAAGAUGCAACCCUGCAGAUUGCUUUGAAAUAUAUUCAGAAUGGAAAGUGGCAUGAGGCAUGCAACUUGACAGAUCCAAACAUAAACAACCAGGAACUUAGUAUUCUGUAUAGCAUCCGAACCGAGUUGACUGCUAGUAAAGAUAAUGACCUGCUUCUGAAAUCCACCCGAAUAGUUGUACCAACAUCCCUGAGAAAACAAGCCAUCGAUCUGGCCCAUGAAGGCCAUCAAGGCUUAACCAAAACUAAGCAGUUGCUUCGAGAGAAAAUAUGGUACCCAUCAAUUGAUUCCAUGGUGAAAAAGAUCAUCGAUGCUUGCAUCCCCUGCCAAAGCACCAUUCCAGCUCACCCUCCAGUACCACUCAAAAUGUCAAAGAUGCCACCAGCACCAUGGCAUACAGUGCACAUAGACUUUCUAGGACCACUUCCGACCGGAGAGCUGAUACUUGUUGCGAUUGAUGCAUAUUCCCGGUACCCGGAAGUCGAAAUCGUACAUUCAACAUCAGCAGCAUAA